CUUAAAACAUUCACUUCAUUGUGUCCUCGCAUCGCCGGAUGAGGUUCGUGUUGCUCCGCCUGAAGACGCGCGCGCAGCAGCAGUUGCGCAUCUCUCUGCCGCGAGACAAUCUUUGUGCGCGAGCCGUCAUCGGUAUCCGGAAGCGAACAGUCCCGUGAUGUCGAGGGGGCGAGUGCUAGCAUAGCAUCGGAAUGAGUAAAGUCCCCUUUCGCGAGUAGAAAACUUUCCGCGGUUCCUUGUCAGCUAACCGUCCCGGGCUGCUGUCGCGUACCGAAAACCGGGGUCGCCGUCGGCAGGAUGUAUCCUUCCGCACCGGGCUUUCACCGCGGCGCGGAGCCCCGCUCGGGAGCUAACGGGACGCCUUUCGGUUCGUCCCCCCGGAGCCCCUGGUGAGAUUUAUGCUGCCGCGCGGUUCGUCGGUCGCGGCGAGAGUUAUUCAACGCGCCGCGGUUAAGCUGCUCGCGCUGGAACCGGGGAGUUAUGGCGCGUUUGGCGUUGGAGCAGCUGUCAGACUUCGGGGAUUUCACAAACGGAGCCGAGCUGAGCGAGAUCAUUAAGCGGACGGGUGACGAGCUGUCGAACGUUCGCCUGAGCCCGGACGGGCGUCACGUCCAUGUCAUCCCGCGCGGACCCACGCUCGGACUCGUGACCCUGGACAAAUACGAAAGACCCCUUCUCGCCCAGAACCACAAGAAGCUGGACUUGCGGUCGACGCGGACCGUGCCCGUCGUGGAUAUUUUAUACCUGGACCAUCGCAACAGCGGCGGAGACGCCGCGGCCGUGGCCGUGGUUUAUGAGAAUGGAAAAGCGGAGUUUUGGAAAUACCAGGAGUGCAAAGCCGGCUGGCGUCUCCUGCAGACAUCCGAUUUGUGCAACAGCCCUCGGGCGAAAGUGGUGUCCGUCUGCGCAUGCGCCAAUAUGAUCGUGUGGUGCGAGGAGAGGGCGCCCUCGGAGAGCGCCCCUGCCCUCAGCUCCCCGAGGAACAAGCUGAGAUACUGCGUCUGCAGGCGGGACUUCGAGGUGGAGGAAGGGGCCGUCAGCCUGGGAGGGGUGAGAAUUGCCCUCCACAACAAUCCCAAAUUCACCGCGGUCAGCUCGGGUGAAUUUGUACACCUCCUUCCCGACGUGAAAGGGAAGCCGCCGAUGAGCAUCUCUAAGUGUUUCGUCUCCUGGUCCCCUCGCCGCGACUCCUUCACAAUCAGCGCCACGUGUAAGAGCACCCCCCUGAAGAAGCUUUCAGCCCAGGAGUCUGACUUAAAGAAGCUGGUGACGGACUGCGUGGGAUAUCUGUCGACCCUCGAACCGCCUGAGAUCUGUGCCUUCUCUCCCACAGCCUGCGGAGGCCUGCUGCUGCUGCUCGCCACUGGGUGGGUCUGUAUCCUGCAGAAAGACGGGACGCUGCGGCGGGUCUACAAACUGUCGGACAACUGCUCGGCGGUGCGCGGCGCUCCCGUCAGCCUGUGCAUGUACCAGGACAUCGUAGCGGUGCUGUUCGGGCAGAACCUACGUCUGAUAGACGUAAACUGUGGCAGGGAGCUGGCAAGGAUGACGCUGAAGGAAGAGGGGCUCUUGUAUGAAAAUCGGGCUGAAAGGGGUGCGCCUCACCUGCUCUCGGAAAGCGGCCUAUUCGUGGUUGUGGGCAGGGAGACGGGCUCCAGGGACUGCAGCGCCGUUCUGAAGCAGUCUGGUCUCGGUGGGGAGAGCGUUCACCCGGGCGCCCUCCUGGUAGAGGCCGUCUUCGAGGAGGCCUGUAAAUACUACCAGCAGAGGAGCCUGAGCAGCACCCAGCUCACCGUGGACGCGCUGAAGACAGGAGGCAGGUUCCAGGCUCCCACCUCGUUGGCGUCCAUCCUCAGGAACUACCUCGGCACGGGGCCGAGGCAGAAAGGAGCCGAGCCGGCGCAGAAUGGGGGAGCUGGGUGUGCAGCGGGACAAGACAAGCUGACGGGCUCUCUGGAGGCCGAGCUCAAGGCUCUGGUCUCUCUGGAGGAAGUGAAGGGGAGUUUAGUGAGGGGGAAUCCCAAGGAGGUGCUGGCGGUGUGCGAGAGUUUAGUUGAGAAAGAAGUAGCCAGGCUGCUCUCGGCCUCGGAGCUGGAUAAAGAGGCUCUGCUUUACCUCAACUCCCUCUUCAGCGUCUUCCCCGGGCAGUUGUGGAGAGCGGCGCGGGCCGCCCUCCAGCUGCACUGCAACGGGGACGGCUCCCUGUCCAGCGGGGCUCCCGCAGACGUGUGGAAAACGGUCCUCAGUGCCGCCGGGACGCCCGGCUCCCCGACCUGCUUCUCCUUCACAAACGGUGGGCCGAAGAGCAAUCACAGCCUCAAAGCGGAUCACAACGCCAACCGCACGGCCAAACCCAGCAGCGCCUCGUCCCCGGCCGCCCUGCCGGUGUUUGAGCUCCUGUGCCACUCUGUUUUCCACUUCCAGCCCAGCUGGUUGCCCAGGUUCCUGGAGCUCGCCCAGCAUCAGCAGCAACAGCAGGGCUCCGCCGGCCUGGGCCUCAGCCUGGCCUCCUCUUCCUCCUGGGGUUUCUCCGGCGGUCGAGGGGGGGAGGCCGGGGAUAACAACGUGCCGCUCUACAAACGUGCCCUGUGCGUCUUGUCCGGCCUGGCCCCGGACCGGGACAGACGGCAGGACCUGGAGGUGGAGCUGAUGCUGGUGAGCGGGCGGCCUAACGCCAUCCUGCAGGCGUUGAGGAUCCUCAUGGCCAAGCAGCGGUGGGAGCGGGUCACCCAGGUGGCCCAGAAGUUCUGCAAACAGAGUCCGCUGCUCAACAAGGAGAUUUUCACCACUCUGCUGUGCGAGGUGAUUCAGCACCGGGACCUGGACCCCUAUUUGGACCUGCUCUGGGCGCUGUGCCCCGAGGAACUCACGGUCACCACCAUUCUCAACUUGGUGCUGAAAAACCUUCCCUCCUCCAACGCCCCGUCGUCGUCGUCCUUCGCCGCGUCCCACAACGCCUCCACAUCGCCCGCUCCCUUUGCGGACCCCCACAGCGGCCAGUUGACCGUCGGGCUGUUGAAACCUCUGCUGAAGAAAGUCCUUCAGAGGGAGACCAAGCCCAGCCAGCGCUACGCGGACAUCCUCCAGUCCCCGUCGUUCCCCCCUCCCGCACCCCCUCGCCAGCCUGCACAGCCGCCCAGGUCCGUCUCAGAUCCGUGCAACGCUUCAUCUUUUGGCGGCGCAGAAACACCCGAUCGGCAGUCGUCCUCAAACACAACUGUGCAGAGAGGCCGGGCGGUGCUACCCGCGGACCUGAUUUCCAUCGACAAGACACCUCAACAUGGGGGGGGGGGAAACAUUCCACGCCUAAACUGACCAAUCUUUGAAACUGCAUUUGUGUGUUGACAAUUGCAUAUAUACAGAAUAUCCAUAUGUUGCAGGUGAUAAUGCCAAUCAUUGUCAUGAUAAUCAAUCAAUCAUGAUAAUUGAUAAUGUUUUAAAAAAACAAGAUUGGUAAUGUAAGAUAGUGUGACUACUAAAAACUACAAAAUGACUACUAAAGAUCUUACUGUGUGUAAAUAGUGCAGGUAAUCUUACUGUGUGUAUGCACUGUAUCUGCAAUGUUAUUUAUCUCUUAAGCCUUAACUGCAAGUGGAUGAGAAUACUUAGUUAAUAUUUAGCUUAGUCUUCAUCAGAACACCAUCGAUAUAGAAUGUCAUUUUGUCUUUGUCUGCUCGGUCUAAAACAAAGCCCCGGAGUCCCAUUUCUGGAAUAAGUGUACAAUAUCCUUUUUCGUUUCGAGUAUCUUGUGUCGGCUAAUUGUAGCCAAGUAUAGCUGCCGUUCAGUGUUUCCACGCAGUGGGUCACUGAGACAAGCCGGCCUUUGUGUUGCAUUGCUUCCUUUUAAGUGGGGACUAGUUUAGAAGAGGGGUGUACGGAGGCCCCAGGUUCCUUUUAUCAACCUCUCGUUUUGUACUCAUAAGCGCUUAAAUAUUAACCUGGUUUCAACGGGCUCAAACAUAAAACAUUCUGCCUUUUGCGUCGUCCAUUUGUCCCUCUAGACUCCAUCUUGUCCUCUCUGCUCCCUGGCAGCCCAACUCCCAGGACAUUCCAGACAUAAUACCCACUAAAAGUCACUCACAGUUUGACUUUAAAUUCAAUUUUGGAGGUAAUUGUGUUAGGAUUUGAGUGUGGGUUUGGUACGCUGUGACUAACAAGGACUCCCUGCUGCUUGGAUACGAGGUCAUGUAUGUCCCCCUUCAUGUACCCAGUGGGAGUAAUGUUAUUAGAGAUAUUAGGUCCUUUUGGCCCUGUUAGUUUUCUCCAUGCUCUGGAACUGAUCGCACUUUUACAUCUUCCCCGUCAGUAUUGUUCGUAUCGUGCAUCUGUUCAAAUUAAUGUUUUUGGAUUAAGUGCUGUAAACAGAAGUAUGCUGAAGUGCCUGUAGUAUUUAAUGCAUUGUCAAAGUUUUUGCAGUAUGUUUAUAGCUUGUUUUAAUCAACGAAAGAAGCGUUCAGCAAAACGUUAUUUAUUUUGGUUCCAUUUUUUUUGAUGACUACUGAAACUGAAACUACCCUUUUCCCUGAGAGACAUCCCUAAACGCCGAAUGACAAUCAAACUCCAAAAUGCCGCAAAACGAUCAGUUCAGAGUGGCCUUGGCAGCACCGCUGUUCAUUUACAGCGCGGUGCCACAUUCCUGCAGCAGCUCUCUGAUGCUGUUCGACUGGAGUGCACGUGUUAAAUGUUCAUUUGCCACAACCGUAUUUCAGUUUGUAAGAAUUCUUCCUGGAUUUGCUCGCACAAAUUCUCCGCCUACAUUCUUACUUUUUUACUUUGGGCGUGAUGCUCUACUUUAAGUGUUAUUUGAAAAAAGAAAAGAAAAAGCAAAUGUAUUAAACUGUAGAUAAAACCUGUUUGCCCUCCCUUGAUUUUCAUAAUGUGUAUUCUGCAAAAAAUAUGGAGCUUAUUAUAUUCAAUGUUGUUGUAACUGAAGUUUUGAUUGCACUCCGGCAGCUUUUGAAAGUUUGUUGAGGUGCUGUUUUAGGUUGCGUUGUGUUCCUCACUGAUGAAUGGAGGGUUGGGGGGGUGACCGACGCCUGACCCACAUACCUACCCUGUUCUCGCAGUUUGAUGUAGAACAGUUCUGCUAUUCAAUCUGAAAACAACUAACAUGGACAAAUAUACUUGUGAUUUAUUUACAGCGAAUUAUAUCAAAGUAGAAGCAGUUUACAGAUACAAAGCUUAGCCAUUAUACACCCAAUCAUUCAGUCACAUGAUCCAGUUUCACCAUGUCCCUUCCAUGGCCAAAUCCACUUAGAGUGUGUGUGUGAGAGAGAGAUCUAGCGAAAGGGUUUGAGUGUAAAUGCACUCAUACGUUUUUAGGGUCUGGGCCUGUAGGGGGAACGUGUCGUCGUUACCCAUUAAGCUUCUCUUAAUAGAAUAAUUAAUAAUUAAACGUUAAUAGAACAACGAAGGCUGUGCUGGGCUACGGUGCACGUGUGCGGUUCUCACAGCAAACAGCCAGUUCCACGUGGGAAUGUGAAAGGAUGUGAUCACGGGAGUGUAAUAAGUGCAGGGUAGUAACUUGUGCAUGUUAAAUGCAAGAGGCAAAGGGGAAUAAGGGGCUUCUCAAAAGGGACCAAAGUGAGUCGUAACCAGAGUCGAUGGUUGACAUAAAAUCCCUCGUUUUUCCUCGCUCUAUUUUAUUUUCACUUUGUCAUACUGUACAUUUCUGGCUUUGGUUUUAUUUUCUCUUUAUCUCCCAUUGCAAGGGUGAGAGUCCCGCUGGCUCAGUAAGUGGACGGAUUCACUUGUAAUUCUAAUUAUAGAUGCAUUCAGUAAACAACAAUGAAGCUCAACAGAUACUCUACCUGUA